AUGUUUGUAGUACUGUUAGGGUGUAUUGGCUUGCUGCUUGAAAGUGCAUCAUCCCAAGGCUUGAAUGCAUGCACAAUUGGAAAUAAUCCUUGUGUUCCGAAUGCUGAGUGUUAUGUCGAAACAUUAUUUGUAGGAGCUCCAAAAUGUCGUUGCCCAAACGGCUUUGAGGGAGACGGAUUAUUAAAUGGUACUGGAUGUAGGGAUGUAGAUGAGUGUAUAUUAGGUAUUGAUAGUUGUGAUGAGAUAUCACAACACUGUAUAAAUAAACUUGGGGGAUAUGAGUGUGAAUGCAAACAAGGGUAUAGAGUUCAUGAGCAAAGACAGAAUGAAUGUGUAGAUAUAGAUGAGUGCGUAGAACUAAGUGCUUGUCCAAGCUCAACUAUAUGUAUAAAUACAGAAGGCUCAUUCCGCUGUGAAUGCUUAGAUCGAAAUUUGAUUUUUGAGUUGGGGAGGUGUAGGGCAAUUAAUAAAUGUAAGGAUUAUAAUGGUAAAUUAAAUGAUUGCUCACAGUUAUGUAUAAGUGGAGCUGAGGGUCAGGGUGAAUGUAGUUGUAAAGAUGGAUAUAGGUUACAUAAUGAUGGUAAAACAUGUAUAGAUAUAGAUGAAUGUUUUGAAAAUAAUCCAUGUGAUUUGAGUAUAUCUAGUUGCUUAAAUAUUCCAGGAAGCUAUAUAUGUGAUUGUUUUAGAUCAGCAGGUUAUAUAACAUCACCAUACAAUAGUAAAUUAUGCAUUAAUGUGAAUGAAUGUGAGGAAGACCCAAUGAUAUGUGGUGAUUUGAAUAUGUGUUGCAAAGACUUAGCUCCCCCUGAUAAGUAUUUGUGUUUAGCUCCAAUACAAUCAGUAGGUAACCAGGACAGACAAUUUAGAGAAGAUAAUGGAAUAGCCACAGAUCCUACUGUAAAAUCUCCAAAUUAUAAUAAUAAAAAUAAUGGAGAGUUCGAAUUUUCUGAUAAGGUAAUCAAUGAUGAGCAUGACAAAUAUAGUGACUAUGAUGUUUCUGAUAAAGUUAGAGAUGAGAUUGGCGAUAGCCAAGCUAGAAAUAAGAGAGGUAAUAAUAGAAAAAAGAGAUCAUCAGAAAAUCAGAGUUUGCCAGAUUUCCCUACGAGCAUGAGUAUCCAAUCUUGUUAUGAUUCAGAUAUAGAAUAUCCAGGCUAUACUUUACAAGUAGUUCACUCUUUAAUGACUCCAUUUGAUUGUCAAUUGCAAUGCCAAAUAGAUGCUGGAUGUGAUUAUUUCACGUAUGAUAUGCUGAGUCGUACUUGUUUAUUAAAGGCUGCUAAAGUUGAUAAUAGAAAUGCUCCUGGGAUGAUAUCAGGUCCUAAAUUUUGCAGAAAUUCGAGAAGAACUCCGACUAAAUUUAAAUAUUUACAUUCUAAUCAACAAUCUUAUUCUGCAGCAUCUGCUCAAUCUACCAAUUCAUCUUCAUCUUUACUAAGACGUUCAGGGCUUUCCAAUUUUGCUCAGACUGUGAAGGCAAAUCACUCUAUUGAAGCAAAGUGCCCAGCAGGAUUCCGUUACGCUCAGGAUAUUUGGAGAGAACAAAAAAACAAAAAGACCAUGGAAGUUAUACAGAGACAAUUUGGUUCUAGAUUACCUACUCAAAUUAAUCCUUCAGAUAUAACACAGGGGAUACAAAGUAAUAGUCAAUAUAUGGCAGAUCAAUUAACACAAUGGUAUGAAGCUAUAACUAGUGUUCCUAAUAUGGUAAAUAGUGUUGCUAGAAAUACAUCUGCUCUUUCAAACAUACCGAUAUCUAACUCGCCUCUUGAUUUACUCAACACAAAUCCUGGUUUUAUUGCAGGUGGUAUCCCACCACCUCCAAGACCUCCUCCUAUUCAAAAUAGUAAUAUAUUUUAUUCAGGUCAAACGAACUCCUAUGGUGCUGUGAACUUACCACCAGCAUCUCCCUUCACAGCUUCUAUGGGAGGGCAUCAGAUAGAUGGUAUAUGA